AUGGCGAGGGGGAGGGUGAUGGUGGUGAUGGCUGCCGCCGCUGCCUGCUGCAUCGCCAUGUCCUUGUACUUUAAGGGCGAGGGAAACGAGCUGGUGGAGUCCGACUUGCACGUUUACCCAGUGGAUGCCAAGGCUGUAAGGCAAUAUUUGAGCCACCAGCAGGAUAGUUCUCUUCAUAGCAAACAGGCGAAAGUGAGAGCAUCUCACGCAAUGCUCAAAUCACAAAGAAAAUCUCGAGCAAGGAAUGCAGUACCCCGCGACCGAUUGCGAAUCGUGCCCAGGAGGCAGUCGCAGAUGUUGUCGGAUGACGUGGAUGCGCUUGAUGGUAGUCAAGGUGUCGUCCAUGCUGAGCCAUUGGAAGAUCCCACCACUCAACCUGAGAAUGUCUACACUGUUGCCGGUACGUCAUUCCCGACCAACCUCAACCUCGUUGCUCCUACUCAGUACGCAGCGUCAUCGGGGAGUGAAGAGAGCCCAGCCAACACUGAGAGUGAGGAGGCGGCUCCUGCUUCAGACGACUCCAGAGGCAGCAGUGAAAGGCCAUGCACGGGUCCAGUUCGACAUACCGAUACAGACGAUUGCGUGGCGAAGAAAGCCAUGGCGCAGGCAUUGCAGGCCGAGAAAGAUGUCAUGUCUGUAGACAGCAACAUCGACACGACAUCCAAGCACAUUUCAUCUGUGGAGCAGUGGGAAGAAGAUGAACAUGAUACGAUCAAGAAAGAUUUGACAAGGAAGUUCCAUGCUUUGGAUCGUCUUCUCAGGAAGCAAGACCGAUUGCUGGACACAACAGAUAGGCGAAUCACGAACGGGGACCAGAUUGCAUCAUCAAAGAUCAAGCUGUUCAAGAACGAUGAGAUUCAGCAUGUAGAAUCGAUCAUCAACAGGGCAGAAAAACUAGAAAGCGAGGGUAAAUUGAUCUCACAAAUGCGAGGUCCUCCCGGCUUUCCAGGGCCUCCAGGGCCCCGUGGCGCUCAGGGCGCUCAGGGUAUACAGGGGCCGCGCGGACCUCCCGGGGAUGAAGGCACUCCUGGAGAAGUGGGAAGACGAGGUCGAGGUGGAAGCCCAGGGCUGGAGGGAAGAAGAGGACCGGCAGGACACUACGCGCAUCUGCGGGUGAUCGGCGACAAUUCCAAUCAGGGAGAACGUGAGCAGCAAUCUUACGAGAAGUUCAAGCGAAGCCUGGACAUUAUGAAUAGCAUUAUUGAUAGGUUGAAAUCUGCUUCACAAAACAAAUAACAUCUUUAUUGAACG